UUAUUCAGAUACUUGUGAUAAUCAUGACAAUGAGUAGACAACACUAAAAAUGAUUCUAGCUUCCCAAACCUUACAUCGCUAUGCUAACUGAACAUACUAUUAUUGAAGGUCUUCCACACCUUUCCAAUUUAUUUUCUGCACAACUAAUAACCCAACAAGUGUUGCAACAACAGAUACUGCAAUGCCCAACAAUGUUCCAUUGGAACAAUUUUCUGCAGAGUUUUAACAAUUGCAUCACACAAUCAUUCACUAAACAUUUGUUAUAUGCAGAAAGACCAAACUUCAAGCUCUGGUGAUUUCUCCAAACCCUAACACCCUUCCCAUUUCCCAAAAUACCAAACACGAUUCACACUCACAUGGCUUCCCGGAGCCAGAUCCGGCCACCGCGAAGUCCCUUCACCAUGCUGAAAAAAUGGGAAGCUGCUGAAGAAAUUGGUAUUGGUAGAGCCAGGGUUCCUCUUGGUGUCCUCAACAACAAUGUUAGCGGUGGCGAUGCUGCUGCCGAGGGAUAUGAAUGCAGCAUUGUUGAUUUCACAGAUGAGGAAGUAGAUGCUUUGUUGGAUGAGAGGAUGAAAAAGGGGAUUCCCUGUGACACUAAGAAAAAAACGGAGCAAAUGGUGGAUCUUAUCAAGAGACUUAAACAAUGUGUAAGGUGGUUUAAGGGAAAGAAAGAAAAGCUUCAGACGGAUCUUGAAUCGGCUGAGAAGAAAUGCGUUGACACCGAGAAUGAGAUGAAAACCAAGAUAGAUGAAUUGAAUGAGGCUAUAUCAAAUUUAGAAGAGAAGAUUGCAAAGGAAGAAUCCGAUAAACUGGAAGUGAUUGAAUGUUAUAGAAAAGAAAAAGAAGCCAGAAGUGCAGCUGAGCAGAAGGCCAUUGCAACUAAGGACCUGUACAAGCGAUCACAAGAGUAUAAUAUCAGUUUGCAGCAGUACAAUAGUCAGCUUCAGUCAAAUCUGAAAGCAGUUAAUGAGGCAAAUAAACGAAUGGAAACUGAAAAAUCAAGUAUUGUUGAGAACCUUAGCAAAAUAAGAGGCCACAAUAUGGCAUUGCAAGAGCAGCUGGCAUCUCUAAGAGAGGUAUGUAGUUCACAAAGGCAACAAAUUGAAAUGUUGCAGCAGCUGAAAAAGAGAAUUUGAAGGGUGGAGUUUGAUCUGCAUCAGUAGCUAAGUUGCAGACCAUAACACAAUGACUGUAAAUAGGCCGCACGAGUUCCACUACACAGCAAAAUCUGGAGAUACACACACUGUUUGGAGUCUCUCAAGCAUCAAAGAAGAAUAAUCUUUGUUGUUGGUGAUUUCAAUAUUGCACCGUAUGCAAAUUGAUCAGAGUGAUACAGAGCCAGAUUUUGACAAUAACGAGCUUAGAAGUUAAUUCAAAUCAAUGUUAAUUGGAAAUGGAAACAACUUUUCCGAUGUGUUUCGAGCAAAACAUUCAGAUGAUAUAAUAUUUUGUCAUUGGGAUUAUGCUCCUUUCAAACUAAGUCAACCUUUCAAAUUUAGUAAA